GAGUGGGCUUCUUACAAACUUGGAAUAUUCAUUUGUUUGAAUUGCUCUGGAAUCCAUCGCAACCUUCCUCAAAUCAGCAGGGUCAAAUCCCUUCGGCUUGACUUCUGGGAGAACGAUCUUAUAGAGUUUAUGAAGAAACACGGGAAUCUCUGUGCCAAAGCUAAAUACGAGGCAAAAGUCCCUCCCUACUAUUACAUCCCCCAGUCCUGUGAUUGCUUGGUUUUAAGAGAGCAAUGGAUUAGAGCUAAAUAUGAGCGUGAGGAAUUUGUUGCCACCCGAGUCUGCCAAGAUCCUUGUUCUGCAGGUAGUCGUGAAGGAUUCCUCUGGAAGCGUGGGCGGGAAAGCAGACAGUUCCAGAAGAGGCGAUUUCUUCUAUCAGCAAGGGAAGGGGUGAUGAAGUACUACACCAAAGAAUCCAGAGGUCCAAAAGCCAUUAUCAGCAUUGAGAAUCUGAAUGCAAUGUUCCAGACAGAGAAAAUCCAACAUGCUCAUGGGCUGCAGAUCACAUACAACACAGAUGGUCAAACAAGGAACCUUUUUGUCUAUCAUGAAAGUGGAAAGGAGAUUGUUGACUGGUUCAAUGCCAUUCGUGCAGCACGUUACCAUUAUCUCAGAACAACCUUCUCAGCUGUUCCUGAGCCUGAGCUCAUACCCAGGAUCACAAGAAAUUAUGUCAAAGAAGGCUAUAUGGAGAAAACAGGACCAAAACAGAAGGAGGCCUUUAAGGUGCGCUGGUUUUGCCUGGAUUCCCAAGAAAGGAACCUGAUGUACUUUAAAAAUCCACUGGAUGCGUUCGCACAGGGCCAGGUUUUUAUUGGAAGGAUGGAUGAAGGAUAUGAAGUACGAGCUGGCUUGCCCCAGGGAGUCCGGGUGAAGAAGAGGAAACCAGCGAUCACUGUGGUCACGCCAAUGAGACAGUUUGUGUUUAUAUGUGAGAACGAUAGGGAACAGAGAGAGUGGAUAGAUGCCUUAAGUGGAGUCAUUGCCCAACCUUUGACUGGUUAAGACUAGCACUGAGUUCUAGUGAACUGCACUUCCUGGGCUCUGUUCAGCACUGGUCUGUGGCCUCUUCCUGUUGGCAAGGAUGGUGCUUAAGGCCCUGCAGUGACUCUAGUACAAAGGGCUUCUUGCUUCCAUAGCCCCAGGCAUAGCAAGGGUGACAACAGAGAAAUGAG